AUGGUUCAUUUUAACGUUGGUGGCUGGUGUUUCUCGGUUCCAAAAAUCAAAGUGGCCCAGUUUCCAGAUUCCCUGCUCUGGAAAGAGGCUUCAGCCCUGACGGAGAAUGAUAACCCAAGGUUAUUUAUUGAUCGAGAUGGAUACAUCUUCAGACACGUCCAUUAUUACUUGCACACAUCCAAACUCUCUUUCUCUAGCUGUGCUGAACUGAACCUCUUAUAUGAGCAGGCACUGUUUCUGCAGCUGAUACCACUCUUGCAGACUUUAGACAAUUUGAAGGAAGGAAAACACAAUUUACGCAUCCGACCUGCUGAUAUACCAAUAGCUGAAAGAGCAUCUAUGAAUUACUGGAGAACACGGAAAUGUAUCAACAAGCCAUCCGAAUUUCCUCUGAAAAGUCUGGCAUUUACUGGCUUACACGAGAAAGCUCCUCUUGGAUUAAUGGACACUCCAUUACUAGAUACUGAAGAAGAAGUCCAUUAUUGUUUUCUACCACUUGGCUUGGUUGAACAAUACCCUUCGCUGGUUAAUGAUGACAAUUUAUUGUGGUUGUCUGAAAAUUCGGUCCUGAUAGAAUGUGAAGGCAGCGCAUUCCGUUUCAUAGCUAAUUUUCUACGCUCAGGGAAGAUUUAUUUGCCUGAAAACUUCUCCAACAUGGAUGUUCUGGAGGCUGAGGCUGAAGAACUGGGAAUCCCUGAGCUUAUAGAAGCUGUGAAGAUCUACAGGAGUCAGCCUGAGGCCUACCAGGAGGGAUCAUCUGGUUUGCAAGGCUUUGUGAAAAGCACAGGACGAAAGCAGCAAGAAGCAGCCAGCCUCCCUUUGUACCCAAUGGUGCUUGGUCUCUUGGUCAAAUAUCCUGAUUCAGCUUUGGGACAGCUCCAUAUAGAAAGCACCCUGGAUGGGAACAAGCUUUACAUAUCAGGAAAUGGAGUUCUUUUUCAGCAUGUCAUGAAUUGGUUAGGUACUUCCAAGCUCCCUCUGACCCGAAGUAUGUCUGAGCUUCCUGAACUCUGUGCCUAUUUGGAUCAAAUGGACAUCACCUAUCAACCCAUGAAGGAUGCUUUGAAAACAUAUCUAAAACAAAAGACACUGACAGAUAUCAUGGGAAAAGAUGCAAACUGGGCAGCAGAAAUCACAGCCUUUUCACUCCAUCACAUUGUCAAAGUGUAUGUGGGAAGCCAUUGGUAUGCGACAUACUUGCAAACGUUAUUGAAGUUUCCGGAGUUGCUGUUGAAUUAUAGUAAAGUCUAUUGGAUUGUUCAUGGUCAGAGUCUCUUCAUCCAUGGAGACGGCCAUAUGUUUCGACACAUCCUCAACUUCCUUAGGCUUGGAAAGCUCUUCUUGCCCUCAGAAUUUAAAGAAUGGCCUCUUCUGUGCCAGGAAGUGGUAGAAUACCAGAUCCCUUCUCUUGCGGAAGCCCUUUCCCAGUGUGACACAUACAGAAUAUGGGUAAAACAACAAGAAACCCACAGUGUAGCUUUCCCAUUUAAAAGUCUUGAACCUGUAGUGUCAGAGAAAGAGAAAGGAUUGAUUGAAGAUGCUCGAGAUCAUUCUUAUAUUAUCAAGAAUGUAAACUGGAGCAUGACCAGAGAAACACAGGAGACGGAAGAGAGCGACCAGGAGAAGGACAAAUACACACGUAUUUCCCCAAUCAAGGGAGGGAAACGAAGAAGCAGCUGGGAAGGGUGUUGUCAGGCCACAGAUUUGUGGGAAAACUCUUGUGGGUGCAGACAGCCAGGAAGCCCCCCGAGGAAAAAAGGGGCAAAAGGCAAUUUAUCCAAGAAGUCUGAUUGCAGAGACACUCCCAUCCAGAGACUCAUUUCCUUGGUGCAGGGCUGGGAUAUGGCAAACUGCAAACGCUAUGAAGCCCCACAAGCACCUGCGUCUGAUAGUGUCAGGGCUGAUGGAGGGCCUCCUGGCGGAGACCCUGAAAGUGCAGCUCCCUGCAAACUGCCACCAGCUAGUCCCACCAUCAUUACCGCUUCUGAACUCCCUGUGACUGGCCUUGUUCUCGGAGCUGCACCAAGAGUUCAACAAUACUUGACAAGCAUUAGCUGCUGCUUCUCAGGCACCGCAGCUCCAGAGGGAUCACUGGUCAGAGCUGGUGGACCAACCAUCCUGGAAGAGAGCUGCCCUGGGGGAGAAAAUGUUCCAGUCAAGAAGCUGAGUAGGCAAGCAGAGAGAGAAGAAGAAGCAUUCUCUGAACCAAUCAAGACAUCCAUUGAUGAGCCAUGUGACAGUGUGGGAUUGAUUCUUAAAAUCAAACACCCUCCAAUUUUGGCAGGCGAUGGUUCGUACAUGUCUCAUGAAGAUAGCACCCUCUACAGCACACACAGGGAAGGUGUCCAGCCGGCCAACGCACAUACACAAUUGAUAGCCAAAGACAUUGUCUUUCUGAGCUUCCCGUUGUCACAAGAAGAGAUCUUUUAUGCCCGGAUGUGCCACUGCUUUCUCACAGAUGUCAUCUUGGACUCCAUAAGGCAGAAGGACUCCAAGGAAAUUACUGCCCAAGUGGAGCUGUUUGUCCAGAGGUUGUGGACCCUGCAGAUCACAGCAAAGGAAUUUGUGGCCAACCUACUGAAUGUGGCACCUUUUAAAGCCAAGAGUCACAGCUGUGAGAAGUUACUGAAAUGGCUUGAGUUUACCCUGCCAUUUGCCUGGAAGUACAGUUGUUGUGUUGGCCAGUUGAUAAGAAAAGGGUACUUUAGAUCACUCUCUUGUUUUGCUUUAGGGAAAUAUUUACAGAAAACGUUCCUGUCCCGCCUGCCAUACCCCCACGUGGGCACGCGCCCGUGCGUCGCACACACCUCAGCCCCCUUGGAGUCGCACACACCUCGGCCCCCUUGGAGCCUCUGA